AAACAACAGCACCGGAGAAGCAUACGAUGGAUGAAUUGAAUAGGGAGAUGCACACAAUGUCCGACAUGGAAGACGAGUCGUUCAUAGUUCUCGGUUCGUCGCCAACGCCAUCCAUGGAACAGUACGUCUCUGGUAACGAACAGCGCCAGGAAUCGAUGACGAACAAAAGAUGCGCCCAAACUAUCUCUAACAACUUCAGUCUGGUUCGAGCGGAUGAUCCAUUGAAAUCGUCAAUAAUGAUGACACCUCCGCAAUCGAUCCAAUCGGUACAAAGUGCCUCAACUACGGCCAGAAUUAACGGAAGCAACUCACAGUCUGCGAAUGUUAUCAUGGGCAACAUCAAGACCAGCUCUCUUCAAAAUUUUCCCAGUGAGAUGCGUUCGUCAUUGCCUAUCGUUGAGAGUCAAUUAGCCCAGCACCUGACGAACGGGCAUGAACAAUUAAAGGAAUACAUCGAGAUGACCAAUGUGGCAUUGAGAGAGAGUCUCACCAGCCUUCAGAAAUGGCAUGAAGAAAACAAUGCUAAACACAAAUACAAUCAAGUCAACAACAAUCAACAAACUGCGAUAAUCGACCAGCUUAAAGAGGAAAAUUAUAAACUUAAGCAACUUUUUCGCACUGCUGAAACCAGAACUACAGAACAGGAAAAGCGUGCCUUUGAACAGGAAAAGCGCGCCACAGAACAGGAAAUGCGCGCCACUGAACAGGAAAAGCGCGCCACUGAACAGGAAGAGCGCGCCGACAAUCUGGAAAUUACGCUCGAGAGAGCAGUGGACGAAGCUAAGAACCAGAUCCAAGCCGAACGGGUUUCAGCUUUAGCCGAGAUUGAUGAGCUGAAGAAAAAUGUAUCUGAAAAGGAAUCGAUUCUGAAGAAAACCAUCGACCAGCAUAAAGAGGAAAAUCAUAGACUUGAGCAGCUUGUUCGCACUGCUGAAACUCGAGCUAAAGAACAGGAAAAGCGCGCCGUUGAACUGGAAAAGUGCCUCACAGAACAGGAACAGCGCGCUACAGAUCAGGAAAUGCGCGCCACUGAACAGGAAAAGCGCGCCGCCAAUCUGGAAAUUACGCUGGAGAGAGAACUGGACAAAGCUAAGAAGCAGAUCCAGGUCGUACGCGUCUCAGCUUUGGCCGAGAUGGAAGAGCUAAAGAAAAAUGUAUCUGAAAGGGAAACGAUUCUGAACAAUAUCUUCGUCCAGCAUAAAGAGGAAAUUCAUAGACUUGAGCAGUUUGGUCGCACUGCUGAAACUCGAGCUAAAGAACAGGAAAAGCGCGCCGUUGAACUGGUAAAGUGCCUCACAGAACAGGAACAGCGCGCCACAGAUCAGGAAAUGCGCGCCGCCAUUCUGGAAGUUAAGCUGGAGAGAGCACUGGACGUAGCUAAGAACCAGAUCGAAGCCGAAUGGGACUCACCUCUGGCCAAGUUCAAAAAGCUGAGGAGACAUUUAUAUAAACGGGUCUCACCUCUGGCCGAGAUGGAAAAACCGGAAAAAAAUGUUGCUGAAAAGGAAUCGACUCUGAAGAAUAUCAUCGACCAGCUUAAAAAGGAAAAUCAUAGACUUGAGCAGCUUGUUCACACUGCUGAAACUCGAGCUAAAGAACAGGAAAAGCGCGCCACAGAACAGGAGAAACGCGCCGCCAAUCUCGAGAGCGCACUGGUUAAACAUGUGAACCAGAACCUGGAAGAACGUGGCUCAGCUCUGGCCGAGUUGGAUAAGCUGAAGAAAGAUGCAUCUGACAAGGAAUCGAUUCGUAAGAAUAUGGCUCAGAGAAUCGAACGAUUAGAACUGGAAAAACAGGAAUUAGUGAUCGCCAAACAGAAGCAACUGGAUACUGGUAAGAUUGGAGUGAAUUUCAUCACUAUAGAAGAACAUGACAGACAGAUCGAGUUGCUGCACCGGGAGAUAUCCACCAUUGUAGCAAACAAUUUGGAAUCCGAAGAGAUGGUACCAACCACCAUCAUUCCGGCUCGGAUUAUGGAAAAUUUGGACGUUUUACUACAUGAUGCCGGCCGAGCAUCACUGAAGCAGAUCCGACUGUUGUACGACCGCCCACUCAUUAAUCUGGGGAAGCAUAAUCCGUCCCUGUCCAAGCUGGAGGUGCGGAAUCUGGCACUUGUCAAAGGGGUUCGCCAAAAACUGAACCAGAUGCAACGAUAUUUGACCGUUUGUCGGAUUGCUGACGAGCUGCGGCUGGUUCAUGAAAACAUCGGAGACAGGCAAUACCUGAUGCAGGCCGUGAGCAUAUACAGCAUAUCGGAUCUUCUCAGAUUGGAAAACGGGGAGCUAUCGGACUUUCUGCUAAAUGUGCUCGUGAAAUUUGAGCAACACAUUAGAAAGUGUGAGAUUUGCUCAGCCAAAGCCUACAACUGUGAAGAUUGUCAGAAUGGCGAAUUGCUAUUCCCAUUUGACGAGGACGCCAUCAUUUGCACUAGCUGUUAUUCGAUGUCGCAUCGUUCAUGCCUUGCCCGACAAAACCAGUUUUGCCAAAAAUGUAGACGCCUUCUGAUUCGCAGAAAGCUGGGGGAACGUUCAUAAAGCACGUUAAGCGUUUAGGGGUGGGGGAGCUCAAGAGAUAUUCGAUAUAUCAUGUAUCCGGUAGAAAUCAAGACUAACAUUUAUUUAUAAUUAUUGUUUCCUCGGGUCCCGUGCGUCG